GCGCAGAGUCUCGUGACGAACUGGUGAACUAACGGUGAACGUGACAUCAGCGAAAAUGAAUUGCGUCCUCGAAGGAAGUGGUGUAAAAGGCUUUGUUGUGUUGCAGCAUUUGGAAAGGCUGUUCAUGCCCUGUCACGGAUUGGAGAUGAGCUGUGGUUGGAUCCCACAGUGAGAGGGCUGGCACUGAGAUCAGUGAAUUCUGCUCAUUCUGCGUACGCCUGCUUCCUCUUCUCACCGCUGUUCUUCCAGCACUACAGCCUGGGAUCAGUAUCAGAGCAAGGCCGCGAAAUAAUCAAUUGCAAACUGUUCAUGAAGUCAGUUCUACCUCUUUUCCGGUGUUUGACUUCGAUUGAGCGUAAUGUGGAGCGAUGUCAGAUAUCAAUCACACCCCCCAAUGACCAAGUGAUGAUCCAGUUUUUCUGCAGGCAUGGCAUCACUAAGACCCACAACCUAUGUUUCCAGGAGAGUGAAGCUCUGCAGGCAGUGUUUGCCUCACACCUCUCUCCCAAUGUGCUGAAAGCUCCUGCCAGGCUCCUUAGUGAUAUGGUGAUGCAUUUCCCAGUGUCCCAGGAGGAAAUCACUCUGUCUAUGACUCCUCUGAGAGUCAGCCUGAGAAAUUACUAUGAGGGGGGAGAUGAUCACAUGAAGAAUAUGUACACCGAGAUGUCCUUACAUCCAGACGAGUUUGACUACUUUCAGAUCGGAGUGGAGUCAGAUAUAACCUUCUGUCUGAAGGAGUUGAGGGGUUUACUGUCCUUUGCAGAGUCGCAUUGCCUUCCAGUGUCUGUCCACUUUGGUGCUGCAGGAAAGCCUGUAUGCUUCUCUGUGGAGGACAUGGUCCUGGAGGCGACUGUGGUGCUGGCUACUCUGAUCGACUCUGAAAGCAGGGGCCCCUCUCAGCCUACGGAGACACUGGCCCCUACUACACCCAGUUGUGCUGAUGCUGCUGCUGCUGUUCUACCUGUGGGUUCAUGUGAGGCAGACAGCCGAAAGCCUCAGGAUAUUGCUGCUGUGAUGGAGCUGAUAGCAUCCAGCCAGGGGAGCCCUAUAAUCAACCCACCUGCUCUGAUGCUGCUUCUGCCUCAGAUCGAUGACUCCAACAAGCUCAGUGUAGCUGAUGAGGCCUGUCACAGUGCCACCACAACACCUGCUUCCUCCACGAUCUGCUCCCUCCUGUUCAGGGCCUUGUCGUCUGAGGACAAUGACGGUUGUGCUGCCAGACUGCCUGUUCUUGCAUUUCACAGUGACGAAGAGGAGGAAGACUACACAAGAGAACAGAGCUGUUACACAUGACUUCAUUUCUCACCUCAAGUUUUUGUGAUACUUCCACAACAUUCAACUGUAGGCAGAAUGAAAUGUAUAUUUAUGUACUUUGAAUUCAAGAGAUUGAAUUUUAAAAAGUUGCUUUGUUUGUUUGUUUGAAUUGUUUUCAAAGUGUUCGGUUUCCCCAAAAUGUCCAGUUGGAAACCCUGGAAAAUGUUUUUAGAAUUAUUUAUUCAAAUGAUACAUAAAUGUAUUUAUUUUGGCAAUUUCAGUGUGUGAAAUGUGUUUGUCCUUGUAUGAAAGGCGGAAAAAAGACUAUUUGGUCUGCUGAUGAACAUCUGAAGAAUGUGGGAGUAUUGUCACACACACACUUACUUACUUUCUGGCAGAACAGCCUGAGUUCAGUGAGGUAAACACACUGGAUGCAGAGCUAAUGUGAUAAUGUCAAGAUGGGACAACCCAUGGAGGCAUCCAGAAGGAAACGCCUCUGCAGUGUAUAGUUUAAAACUCAAGCGUGCCAGAUAGUCUUGAUCCAAAACCAACUGCAAGUUUGUGCACAUGUCAAGGCCAUCAAAUACAACCGGAUAAUAAAUACUAUACUCUUUAUU